AUGGCAGACGUCCACAGAGCUCCCAGCACCAUCACCAUCCUCAAGAAGCGGCCCGCAUCGCACGGAGGGGCCGCCGACGAGUGCUACUUCCGCAAGACAGCUCGAGGCAAGCUGCAGCGAGUUGUUCGCGAGCACUACCUCCGCCCUGCGAGCGACUUCCCUCCGCCGCCCAAACUCGCCGACGGGCUCGCCUGGGUGGUACCAGACACGAACGCAGUGCUCCACCAGUUCGACCUGCUCGCCUCGCCCGCCUUCCCCGCCCCGCUGCUUGUCGCCCAGACUGUUCUCGACGAGGUGAGGCAUCGCAGCUUGCCCUUGUACAACAAGCUCCGCACGCUCGUCGACGAUGACUUCGAGAUCCCCGGCGGAAAGGGCAAGAUGAAGCGCGGGUGGACCGUCUGGAACGAGGCGAUUGAGGAGACCUUCCUCGAGCGCAAGGACGGCGAGAGUCCGAACGACCGCAACGACCGAGCCAUCCGCCACCUGGCGUCGUACUACUCCGCAAUCCUCUCGUCCGGCUCAUCGAACGGUCCCGCUGCGAAGCGCCAGAAGACAUCGUCCUCCCGCCCCGCCCUCUCUGCUGCCGACAUCGCUUCAGCACCCCUCAUCCUCCUCACCGACGACGCCGCCAACCUGUCCCUCGCUCUCGCAGACGGCCUCGUCGCCCUCACCGCCAAAGACUUCGUCUCCUCCCUCCCUGCCUCGCAACAAGAAUCGCUCGUCGACCUCCUUGCCGUCUCUGGAUCAGGUCUCGACAGGGAUGCUGCGGGAGCCGGGCGGAGAAAGGGCGCGGCGUUGUAUGCCGAGCAUUUGCCGACGAGCGUCUUGCAGGCUGGCGUCAAGGCGGGCAAGUUUGUUCAGGGACACUUUAAUCCGAGCCAGUACAACUUCCGCGAGGCUACGGUCAAUGCCGCUUCUCUUCCCAAGCCCAUCCUCCUCGCCGGCCUCGAGUCGAUGAACCGAGCUGUCGCAGGAGACCUCGUCGUGGUCGAAGUCUUGCCGGAGAGCGAAUGGAAGAGCAUCGGCGAGGAAGUUGUGGACGAGGAUGCCAAGGGCAACGACCCGGAUGCCGACCCCGUCGCCGAGUCAGGCGACUCGACUACUGCACCGACCGAGGGCUCGCUCCACCGCGCCGCCGCACCAACGACCAAGCCGCGCGAAGUACAGCCCACAGGCAAAGUCGUCGGGAUCCUCAAGCGCGCCUUCCGACCCUACGUCUGCACUCUCGACCGCGCCUCUCUCCCUCCCUCCGCUCUCACCUCUUCCGCCUCCGUCACAGUCCUCGCCUCUCCCGUCCAACGAACCCUCCCUCGCAUCCGCCUCCUAACCCGUCAAGCCGCCCACCUCGCCUCGCAAAAGUUCCUCGUCUCAAUCGACAGGUGGCCUAUCACGUCGCGUUACCCUGAGGGCCACUUUGUCCGCGUUCUCGGACAAGUCGGGAGCAAGGAGGGCGAGGUGGAGAGUUUGUUGGAGGAGUGGGAGGUCCCGUAUAGGCCGUUCUCGAGCGCUAUCUUGAGCUGCCUGCCGGAGGAGGGAGAUAAGUGGGUUGUGCCGCCGAAGGGAGAGGCGGACGUCAAGAACGUGUGGAGGGCCAGGGAGGAUCUGAGGGACGAGAUUAUUUGCUCAAUCGACCCGCCAGGCUGCCAGGACAUUGACGAUGCGCUUCACGCCAAGCGUCUCCCGAACGGUAACAUCCAAGCUGGCGUUCACAUCGCCGACGUCUCGCACUUCGUCCACCCCGACAAUCCCAUGGACGCCGAAGCCGCAUCGCGCGGCACAACCGUCUACCUCGUCGACAAGCGCAUUGACAUGCUGCCGUCGCUGCUCGGAACAAACUUGUGCUCAUUGAGGCCGUAUGUCGAGCGAUUGGCUUUCAGCGUCAUCUGGGAACUCGACGACGACGCCAACAUCGUCGACGUCCGUUUCACCAAGUCGGUCAUCGCGUCCAAGGAGGCAUUCACCUAUGAGGCUGCGCAGCGACGAAAGGACGACAAGUCGCUGAACGACCCGCUGACCGAAGGCAUUCGCCUGCUCAACUCGAUUGCGAUCAAGCUCAGGGCCAAGCGCAUGGCCGCUGGCGCGCUCAAUCUCGCUUCGCCCGAAGUCAAGAUCCACCUCGAGCAGUCGGAGCAGUCUGGGCCGGUCGAUGUCGAGCACAAGGAGCUGUUCGAGACCAACUCGCUCGUCGAGGAGUUCAUGUUGCUCGCCAACAUCUCGGUCGCCGAGCGCAUCUACAAGCAGUUCCCGCAGACCGCCGUGCUGCGACGACACGCACCGCCGCCCAAGACCAACUUUGAGGUCUUGCAGGACGUGUUGCAGAAGCGGAGGGGCAUGACGCUCGACGUCUCGACUUCGGGCGCGCUCGCAGACUCGCUCGACAAGUGUGUGGACCCUGCCUUCCCCGCCUUCAACACCCUCGUGCGCAUCAUGGCGACCCGGUGCAUGCUCUCCGCCGAAUACUUCUGCUCCGGCUCGCUGCCCGCAUCGCAAUUCUCGCACUACGGACUCGCCUCGCCCAUCUACACGCACUUCACCUCUCCCAUCCGUCGCUACGCCGACGUCCUCGUCCACCGCCAGCUCUCCGCCGCCAUCUCCGGCUUGCCACUGCACACGGGCUUGCAGACGCGCGCAUGGGUGGACAAGACGCUCGAGGUUGUCAACAAGCGCCACCGCGGUGCGCAGGGUGCCGCGCGCGCGAGUAUCGAGUUUUACGUCGCGCUGGCGAUUCAAAGGAGGGAGGAGGACGCGCAGAAGCAGGCUGGGUUGGGCAAGGUGGGAAGCAAGGUCCGCGCCGAGGCGUUCGUCAUUCGCGCGUUCAGGAACGGAUUGGCGGUCUUCGUCUCGCAGUUCGGUCUCGAGGGCCUCGUCACGUUCAAGCGCGACAACGACUACGACGCCGACAGCUACGAGAUCCACGUCCCGACGCCGUCCGGCAAGAAUGUCACCAUCGGCGUAUUUGACAAGGUCGAGGUCGAGAUCAGUGUCGAGAAGGACAAGAACACGCAGCGCGGCAAGGUCGUGAUGCACCUCGUCGAGCCCGUCGACUCUCGCGGCGUGUAG